AUGGUGUCAGUCAUACCAGUGAAGGAGAAGAAGCUCAUGGAUGUGAAACUAGGAGAGCUGCCCAGCUGGAUACUGAUGCAGGAUUUCACCCCUAAAGGCACUUCUGGAGCAUUUCAAAGAAGUUACUACCGGUAUUACAACAAGUAUGUCAAGGUGAAGAAAGGGGGCAUCACUGGGAUUUCUGUGGUGCUGGCAGCUUAUGUGGUUUUCAACUACUUUUCUUGUUACAAGGAACUCAAGCAUGAACAGAUACGCAAGUAGCACAGAAGAGGGCCCAGUGUGGAGACACACGUGGCAUUCCUGACCAUGACCUUUGCUUGGCACCCUUGAAUCCUUUCAUACUGUAAUUCAGAAUUAACAACCAAUAAAAGAUG